AUGGCCGUUCGAUCGACGCAGGGAUUCCUGCUCCGCGCGGCGGGUUAAUUUGGCGUGUCUCGGCUCUCUCCUGCUGACUCCUCUCUUCCAGCCAGUGCGCGCCAGGUUCUAGGCUGCCGCUGCAGCUGCUGACCUCAGAUCAGGCAAUUUUGGGGAUGCGAUGCCCUCUGAGGCGCCGUACCUGCUCUGGACCAGCUGAUUUCCCCCCAUUGCAAACCCUAGCCCUUUUACUUCUCUCUUUUUUCUCGAAUUAAGUAGCGGCACGAUCCAGGACCACGAAAUCUCCAGCUUCUAGUUUACUAAUUUGUUCUUCCUCCCCGCUUUCCGCCGCCUCGAAAAGCUUCUAACUUCUUCUCCAGAGGCUCAGGAUACCAACUUUUCUAGCGUAUCUGAGGCGUGAGCAGCUAGCGCGGAAGAAGCUGAUCGAGGUCAUGCAGGGCGGAGGCGCGGCCGACAGCCCCGGCGCGGCGGCGGGCGGGGACGCGCCGCGGCCGAGCCGGUACGAGUCGCAGAAGCGCCGGGACUGGCACACGUUCGGGCAGUACCUGCGGAACCACCGGCCGCCGCUGGAGCUGGCGCGCUGCAGCGGCGCGCACGUCCUCGAGUUCCUGCGCUACCUCGACCAGUUCGGCAAGACCAAGGUCCACGCGCCGGGAUGCCCCUUCUUCGGCCACCCGUCGCCGCCCGCGCCGUGCCCGUGCCCGCUCCGCCAGGCCUGGGGCAGCCUCGACGCGCUCGUCGGCCGCCUCCGCGCCGCCUUCGAGGAGCACGGGGGCCGCCCCGAGGCCAACCCCUUCGGCGCGCGCGCCGUGCGCCUCUACCUCCGCGAGGUCCGCGACAGCCAGGCCAAGGCGCGCGGCAUCGCCUACGAGAAGAAGCGCCGGAAGCGCCCCUCCUCCUCGUCCCAGCAGUCGCAGCAGCAGCAGGCCGCCGCGACUCCCCCUCCCAAGGCUGCACCAGCCUCCUCGCCGGCCCUGUCGGACGCGGCGACCGACAGGGCCGCCGACGCGCGGGCGCACAUCCCGGAGGCCGCCGUGCACCAGCACCACCACUUCUUCAUCCCGCACCCGCACCCGCAGUUCCUGCACGGCUUCAGCCUGCUGCCGGGCAGCCACCCCGAAGCGGUCGCUGCUGGCAAUGGCAGCAGCAGCGGCAGCAGCGCAGGCGUCGGCGCCGGCAGCGGGGACGAGAUAGCGCUGGCGAUGGCGGCGGCGGCGGAGGCGCACGCGGCGGGGUGCAUGCUGCCGCUCUCGGUGUUCAACUAGCCGUGUAGCCGAAUCGAGGUAGGGCUUGAACCAUGGAUGGAUCAAUCAUCCGGAGGUUUAAUCUAGUGUUAAGGUCGAUCUCGUCGUAAUGGAUCGAUCAACACGCGUACGUGCUGCAGCUGUUCUUAAGGAUUUUCUACCCUAUCUCUUUUGGUUGGUUACAUGCAUUUCCUGCUGUGCCAGCUGCUGGGAAAAUAGUAGUAGUGGUACUUGGUACUGUAGGGUUUGCAGGAUCCUGCUUGGUUUGUGUAUGCAAUGCAAUGAUGAUGGGAGAUAAUAUAAUGGAAGGCUUAAUUACCAGGCUAGUGAUGAUGAUGAGAACACUUCUUGAAGCUCUCUCUCUCUCUCUCUCUCUCUCUGGACAAAUUUUACUAGUAGCCUAGUAGGUCUCUUGCUGUUGUUGUUUGUGCUUCAUUGGCUCAUUGGUUCUCUCUUCUUUUGAGAGGGCAUGCAUCCUUUUUGUCCCA